AUGAUGAGGGUACCCACGAAUUGUGUCGAGCAGGAGAAGCCUAGCUUGUUCAAGAUUAUUCUACCUGGCUACAACUCUGAGCAUAGAAUCCCACCAAGAUUUGUCCGAAACCACAUUGUGAACAAACUAUCAAAGUGGGCGACAUUGACAUUAAAGCGAUCCUCAGAGCAUUCAGGGAAAGUUAGAGUGAAAAAAGCAGAAGAAGAUGUCUAUUUGAAAGAUGGAUGGCUCGAGUUUUAUAAAGAUGCUGGCUUGGGUGAAGAGUUUAUAGUGUUCAUAUACACUGGAAAAAUGCAUUUAAGCAUAAAAGUUUUUGACAUGAAUGGGUGUGAGAGAAUGGAUUUCCCUGACAUCAAUACACACCAAAACAGAGUCUCAUCUUCGAGUCCUAAAAGGCCUCGUGGGAGACCAAGAAAAUCUACCACAUGCAAUUCAGCUGAUAAGCUCAAAGAGGUUAAAGGAGAGCAAGUAGAUUACAUCAACAAUUCAGAAAAAUCUACUUCCAAGGGUACUGAAAUGCUUCGUGGUAGGCCAAGAAAAUACCCUGUCACUUGUAAAGACUCAACAGGUAAGCACAAUCCAGAUUCUGAAUCUGAUGUACCCAGAGGGUAAAAAAAGAGGAAAAAAAACUACCAAGAAUUUGGGAAGCUGUUUAAAUGCAAACAACAAUAUUUUACAAGCAAAAUCAACAGACUAAGUCAAGUAUACUUGUGCAAAUCAUUCUAUAUGGACAAUAUUUCAUCACAAAACUAGGUCUUCAUGACUAAAGUGUGGAAUGCUUUUGCAGCGCUAACCAAGUCAAGGUUGGCAGUCUGCCAAUUUCAGUUCCUAAAAGAGAACAAUUGA